CUAUUGACCCGCAUCUCCCAGCCCAAACCCGAUUCCAACCUCACCCCAAUCUCCAAAAGCUCGCUUUGACUCUCCACCCUCCUCGGCUCCACUACCUCUACUCCCACCGCACUGCCACCAAAGACCACCGCCGGCGCCGGCUGACUAUCCGUUGAAAGUCUCUCUAAUGUAAAUACUCCUCGAAUCGAAGCGCCAUUUUCAUGUCUUGAGCUUCGUUGUAAACCAUGAUGGUCAAGUGCAACAUAAGUGCACAGGCAACUUAGAUAUGUCUUUGGAUGCCCCUUAUGUGGUUUAAGAGGAAAUGGCAAAUAUGAAAGUAUUUACUUCUUUUUAUAGAUGUGCCAAGCUGUCUUGGUACACAAACUUGGAAAGUAAUGCCAGGAUACCAAGUUCUUUCCUGGGGUGUGUUAGAACUUUGUGUUUAGACUCGACAUGCUCAAAGACACAAGAGGUUGUGGAGUACUUGGAUAGACUAAAGAAUUUUGAGAAAUCAGGAGUACCAGAAAAUGCUGGCACUGAAACUGAUGAUGGGUUUGAUUUGGGUCGUAUGAAGCGCUUGAUGGACCGUCUUGGGAAUCCACAAUCAAAGUAUAAGACUGUUCAUGUUGCUGGGACCAAAGGCAAGGGUUCAACGGCUGCAUACUUAUCUAGUAUUUUGAGGGCAGAAGGGUAUCGUGUUGGUUGCUAUACAAGCCCUCAUAUCCGAACUAUUAGGGAGCGUAUGUCAGUGGGAACACAAAAUGAGCCAGUUGCAGCAGAUUUGUUGUAUUCUCUUUUUCUUAGAAUCAGAAAGUCCCUUGACCAGGCAGUGGCACAUGAGUCUGGACUGCUGAGUCAUUUUGAGGUCCUAACAGCUAUAGCAUUUACUCUAUUUGCCGAGAAGAAGGUUGAUAUUGCAGUUGUUGAGGCUGGGUUAGGAGGAGCACGGGAUGCUACAAACAUAAUCUCAAGUUCCGAGCUUGCUGCUGCGGUGAUAACAACUAUUGGAAAAGAACAUCUGGCUGCUCUUGGGGGUUCCUUGGAAAGCAUAGCAUUGGCUAAGUCGGGGAUUAUCAAACAUGGCUGCCCAGUAAUUCUUGGGGGGCCAUUUCUUCCUCACAUUGAACAAAUUAUACGUGAUAAAGCUCUAUCAAUGUGCUCACCAGUUGUAUCUGCUUGUGAUUCUGGAAACAGAAGUGUCAUGAAUGGUUUUGGCAUCAUCAAUGGUGAACCACGCCAGUCUUGUGAUAUAAGGCUUCAUAUUCAGAAGGACAUACCAUUACAUAUUGAGUUAUGUGAGGUAAAUCUAUCAAUGCUUGGGCAUCAUCAACUUCAGAAUGCUGUCACUGCAACUUGUGCUGCAUUAUGCCUUCAUGAUCAAGGUUGGAGGAUUGCUGACGGCUCCAUUCGUAGUGGGUUGGAGAGCACACAAAUGCUUGGGAGAAGCCAAAUUUUGAAGAAAGAAGAAAUUGAGGCACUAGGACUUUCUGGAUCAAUGGCAUUGCUUGAUGGAGCCCACACACAAGAAUCUGCAAAAGCAUUGGCAAAUACAAUUUCUACCGUAUGCCAAAACUCACGGUUGGUCCUUGUGGUUGCGAUGGCAAGCGACAAAGAUCACUGUGGUUUUGCAAAAGAACUCCUUACAGGUCUGCAUUUCGAAGCUGUUUUCUUUACAGAAGUAGAUAUUGCAGGAGACAAAUCUCGAAGCACAUCAGCAUUGUUUUUGAAAGAUAUCUGGAUUAAAACAUGCAUUGAACUUGGUAUUGAAUUUAUUUAUGAAGAAGAUGUUAGUAAUCUGAAAUCAUUCGAUGGAUUAAUUCAUUCUGUUGGAAAUUCAGAUAAAAUGAUAUUGGCUGUUGAAAGUUCAUUGACAAAUUGUUUGAGGGCUAGCAAUAGGACUCUGAAAGCAAGAACAGGGGAUCAAUCAGGUGUAAUUGUAGUUACAGGAUCUCUACACAUUGUUUCAUCUGUUUUAGCUUCUAUCCAUAAAAGUUAAACUGCAGUUAGUAGUGAGUUAUUUUUUUUUACUGCAUUGCUGUCCUUUUAAUGUCUGUAAUUCAAAUCCCUUAUUGUUUUGUUUGAAAUAUAAGGUUAAUUAGAUGCUACUAAUAUAUACUUGUAUCACCGUACACUUGUAUCACCGUACCUUUCUGUAUAACAAGUUACUAGAAUUUUUUACGGUGAUUGUCUGUCGUUUCACCGUACUUUCUGUGUAACAA